UCGUCAACAGGGUCUCGCAAGGCUUCCUACCCCAAAUUACAUACUUGCAUCCUCUUGCAUCGUGCUGUACCAGAUUUCACCCUUUCCACUUAUACCUACAUCUGCAACCACAUCCCCAUAGUUGCAGCCACACCAACGACAACCAGCAGGAACAAGUGAUAGGGCAGGCUAGAACACGCAGACGCAGACGCAGACGCAGACCCUUCUUCCAUAGGUUCGUCUACAGAAACGAGAAAGAAAGCACUGAAUUUCGCCUGAUCGAACUUGGAUCAAUUUCCACUUAGUAGCUAGCGGAGUGGACCGACAGAGAGGAAAUCGGGCGUUUUCUAUUUUGGCAUUACGCUCCGUCGCCGUUGGUUCCGUCAUUUUCUUUUUGGUCUCGUGCUAACGGCUGUCUUGGCAUCUUCCAGAAUUAAAUAUCACUCAUCCAGGGUUACCCGUUAAUCACCCCAUUCUAAACCACGAUGAGUCUCGCACCAGCAGUUUCUAUAAAAUCCAGCAGAGAAAAGGAUUCAACUCCUGAAUUGAAAGAAACGAAUCGGAAUACUAAGAGUGAUUCAACUUCAACUAUCACAGAUAACAACGAGAAGGAAAUGGAAAGCGAUUCGAACAAGACGGAUCCAAAGACGAAGAAGAGAAGUUUGUUUGGUUUCGGGAAGAAGAAGGGCGAUACUAAGCCUGGUGCUAAACCUUCCCCUCAACCCACUUCGGGACUACCGAAUUCGCCAUCUGCGAGGGAUGUGCCUCCCACGCCUGCGAAACGUUCGGUGACUAGUUCGCCAAACCGAACUGGUAGUCCAAACAUAACACCGUCGUCGCCUAGUAGGGGAUUGUAUUCGUCGUCGCCACGUUUAAGCUCUCCUGCAGGCUCUCAAAUCUUUGAGCGAGACGUUCAAGAAAGCGCCGCUGUUAUACCUAAUUCGCCAGCCAUCCCAUCCCAUAUUCAGACCGAAAACUAUAUCCCACCUGUUCUCGACGCAUCGUCCGAAGCCAUCACCGACGAACACCUCAACCCUGACUCUGUCGAGAUCGUUACCCAUAAUGCGCACCAACCUGCCAGUGUAACUGUGACUGGUGCUUCUCAAUACGAAACCUCGUCUAAUUCAUGGGCUGAGGAUCUUGCUGCUUUUUCUGACAAGGAAGAAGCUGCCUCAAACUACGGGUCGCUCGACUCGGCUGAUGUCAGGCGUCUCAGCUUUAUCUCAUUUGCGGAUGUGGUCCAGGCAGAACAGGUACCUCCGAAUAGCAGCCGAGAUUCCAUGCAUCUUGCUGGCUUGACCUCUAUUGGAUCGAGAGGAGUGAACCGUUCCCCCUCCCCGAUAAGAUCACCUGUGUCUUCUCAGGGACCAGAAACCUCGCCACCAAACAGCAUUUCGGGUUCUAUUAAAGGGCUGAGCAUGUCACCUGUUCGGAAACCCCUUGGAAGUCCUACAUCUGUGGAGCACAGCCUUUCAGUGAACGGAGAUCUCAACAUAGAGACCAUGUCGCAAGCGCUGAGACGUACCGGUAGCACCGAUCUCAGCAUUGCUCGGAGUCUUCCCGUGAGUCCGGUUGAGGGCCCCUCGCGCUAAACAAGCGAGGGGGGCAUAUCUAUGCACACUUAUUUAUCCUCAACUUGAAUGACAGCAAAUCAAGAGACGGCGAUAUAUUUAAAAGCUGCGACUCUUCUCCGCAGACUUCGAUUUUUUUUGGACGCGUUUAGCUAUACCUUGAUUUCUUUUUUGGAACUGCAGCUCAUGGAUACCGUUUGAUACUUUUUUUUCAGGGACGACAGAGGCGGAGGCAGAGUUUGGGCAAACGGAG